UCCAAACUGGAUCAGGUGAUCACCUAUAGCCACAAGGGUUUGCUGCUGACGGUCACUGCUUGCCAGUCAGCUGAGAGUUCGCCUUUGUACCGUGUGCCGUGAGUGUCUGUUUAUCCAUCCGCCCAACUAGCGGUAUUAACAUUAGGAGUCCAUUGCUCCUGGGAACUCGCAAAAUACACGGGCACCUCCACUGAUCUUCCCCCCUCUAUAUCUGCGGGGCUCUCUCUCUCUGCUCCCUCCCUCGAAGACACAUUAAACCUCCGACGACAAUGGCGCUGAGCGACGCUGAUGUGCAGAAACAGAUCAAGCAUAUGAUGGCCUUCAUUGAGCAGGAGGCCAAUGAAAAAGCGGAAGAAAUAGAUGCAAAGGCAGAAGAAGAGUUUAACAUUGAAAAGGGCCGUCUUGUACAGACCCAAAGAUUGAAGAUCAUGGAGUAUUAUGAAAAGAAGGAAAAGCAAAUUGAACAGCAGAAGAAAAUUCAAAUGUCCAAUUUGCUGAACCAGGCUAGGUUGAAGGUCCUCAAAGCCAGAGAUGAUCUGAUUUCGGAUCUGUUGAAUGAAGCCAGACAGAGACUGGGUAGAGUGACAAAAGAUCCUACGAGAUAUCAAACAUUGCUGGAUGGACUGAUACUGCAGGGCUUUUAUCAGCUGCUGGAACCUACAGUGAUUAUUCGAUGCCGCAAACAAGACACUACAGUAGUUAAGACCUCCAUCAACAAGAAUGUUCCCAUUUACAAGAACAGUGUGAGUAAGGAUAUUGAUGUUCACAUUGACCAGGAAAACUUUCUACCUGAAGACAUUGCUGGAGGUGUUGAGAUGUAUAAUUCUACUGGAAAAAUAAAGGUUUCUAAUACUUUGGAGAGUAGAUUGGACCUCAUUGCACAGCAGAUGAUGCCAGAAAUCCGAGUGGCUUUGUUUGGCGCCAAUCAAAACCGGAAGUUCUUGGACUAAAUGCUGUGCUUUAGACCUACUAUCCAGGCACACAGAAUAUAGUGAAAAGAUGUAAAAGUUACAGACCUAUAUUUAAAGAAAAAUAUCCAUUGUACUGCUCUUCUGUGUUGUUAAAUCUAAGUGUGUUUGAAACUGCUUCAUUUGGUAAGUUUCUGUACCUGUUGGCUAAGGGAAAUUGCUAAAAGGCAUUGGGAGAUCACUGGGUUUAUUGAGUAACCCCAGAUUAUUGGAGUCACAACAUCAGUUGUAUUUCUUUGUAUAUAUUAAUCUGUUCUCAAAUGUGAACAAAGCUUCAGUUACAUUUUGCUUUGGCAUCAAUCAUUGCAGAAGACAGGCAAUUUCCCAAAAUAUAGACCAGUAGUGAAAUCUGUAGAAAAUACGUUGCAUCCAGUGUUGCUGAUUUGUCAAUCUUGUACUAUUUAAUUAACUUGAAAUGGUCAUUUUGUGUUUCAGGUACUGUAUAUGUAUAAAUGGUUCUGAAAUAAACAUCACUUGCUGGAUCCUGAA